AUGGAUUCUUCACCUCCAACGAAGAGAAGGCGAAAUAACAAGAGUGAAGGUACAAACCACAAGUCGUCUUCCUCGCCUGUGGUUGUCUUUGCUCAUGGCGCUGGUGCUCCUUCUUCUUCAGAUUGGAUGAUCAGAUGGAAGGAGAUGUUAAAGAAUGCAUUAGAUGCUGUUGAAGUUGUUACAUUUGACUAUCCCUAUAUUUCUGGUGGGAAAAAAAGGGCUCCUCCAAAAGCAGAGAAAUUGGUGGAGUUUCAUAAAGAUAUUGUGAAGAGGACUACUGAUAAGUACCCUGGUCAUCCUCUUAUCUUGGCCGGAAAAUCUAUGGGUUCAAGAGUGAGCUGCAUGGUUGCCGCCGAGGUGGACAUAGAUGCUUCAGCAGUAAUUUGCUUGGGAUACCCACUUAAGUCCAUGAAUGGAGCUGUGCGGGAUGAGUCUCUACUCCAGCUUUCUGUCCCUGUUAUGUUUGUACAGGGUAACAAAGAUGGGCUUUGCCCCCUUGAAAUGCUGGAAGCUGUUUGCAAGAAGAUGAAAUCUCACAAUGAGUUGCACGUGAUUGAUGGUGGUGACCACUCUUUUAAGAUUGGCAAGAAGCAUUUGCAAAUAAAGGGUUCAACCCAAGAUCAAGCUGAAGAUAUUGCUGUUCAGGGUGUUUCAUCGUUUGUUUCAAGGUGUCUUAAAGGAAAGUAA